AUGUCAUUUGUUAAAGUCUAUAUUAUUUUCUUCCCAGGUUCAGUUUCUCUGCCAAGAAAUCUCUUAACAAAAGGCAGUAUUGAAGAAAUUCUUUCAUCACAAAAAGUGAUUGAUGACAAUGUGAAAAAAUUGAGAAAUCAACAACCUGAAAAUCUCGAGCCAAUGAAUGAUGGUGAUAUUGAGUAUGUACCUGAAGUUAUUGAGAAUAUCACUGUUGAUCAUCUCAUCAAGAAAUUGGGAUGUCUAGGUUAGUGAAUAAUUAUUCCCAAGAAAUGACUCGUGAUUAUUUAGAUAUAUUCAGACAUUCACCUUCUCCAUGGCAUCUCCACAUAUAGCAUAUCUCAUCUGUGUUGGAUUGAUUAAUUUUUUCUUGUGUUGCUGUCACCUGUGAAUUUCUUAAUAAAUGUUUGUGUUCUCUGUAACUUUAAGGGAAACAAGUUUACCUGUGAAAGCGAAAUUAAUUUGGUUCGGUUUUUUAGUGCUCUUAAAAUGCAGUGUUGGAAAAAGAAUGGAACGUGGCUGUAAAAGAAAAUAACGCUUUUUUGGCAAAAAUACGACGACACUUAAGCACUGUCUCUCAAAACGCUUUUAUGGUUUUCUACAUUGUGGUUAGCCGCGCAUGCGCAGGCUAACCACAAAAACAGGAAUGCGCGUAGAACGGCUAUAAAUAUUUCUGGACUUUAAUUUGAAACAUAAUUCUGAAUUACAACUCAAUGUUUUCGUAUGACAUGCUCACCCACAGUUUUCUAUGUCCUAACUUCUGCCAUUUAAGAGCUGAAUAAACUCAACAUAAAAUACUCACAUUCAUUGCAUUUUGUAUUUUUUUGCCGCCAUCAACAAACAUUCUUGAAAACCUGUUCGCAGACACUUUAACACUCACAGUGGAAAUCGUAAUCUUCUGGGUAUGAAAUUUCCUCUCCUUAUAUGCUUUAUUAACUAUACGCGUAAAAAUAAAGAAAUGCGUCUCAUUUCGAUGUUCUUUUUUUGUCAAUGUAGAUUUAUAUUAAUAACUUUUCACCUAUUUUUAACAAUAAUUUAAUUGUGCAAUAUAUCGUUUUGGCUAUGUCUUCGUAGCGUUUGCGCAUAAAUUAUGACCUUUAACCCCCUUCCCGCGUACUGAUUCUGGUAAACGAACAUUUCUGUACAGUGCUUCCAUUCUUUUUAAUUGCUUAGAUAGCGAUUGUAAGCAACUUUCUGCUUCGCCAUCUUGCUGUUCAUGUACUAACGCCAAACAAAAAAUUCGUAAAAUCUUUCUUAACAAGCUUAACCUUACUAACCAUAUCGAAGAUCUAUUUUGUAUAAAUUGUAAAUAUUUACUAAAUUGUAAUUGUUGUAUUCAUUACUAAUGAUUUUUUUCUCAAAUGUAAAUAGUCGUAAUCUUUAAUACUUUUUAUGCCUGUAAAUAUCAAAAUAGUGCGAGGGCGGUAUGUUAGAUAACUUUUACGGUUAAUACUUUUUUUCUCUCGUGAAAUAAAGUUUCUAUUCUAUUCUAUUCUAUGCUAUGCUAUUGUCCCGUGUCUCUAUGCGCAUUUUCCGUCAUACAUGUCUACUAUAAUUUUUAAUUUUACUUGCAGAAUCGAAUUCAGAUUUGGCCGAUUCGUCCAGUAUUCUGAAAGGAAAACGCGCUUUCAUCAAACAACUGCAACAAUGGUUGGGAGACAAGUGUAAAUGGAAUCUUUGUUACCGAGCAUCACGUGAUGGUUGGGCUGCCAAAGAUUUUCAUCAACAUUGUGACAACAAAGGACCAACAGUGGUUUUGAUCAAAGUCGGUACUUUUAUAUUUGGUGGAUACAAUGACCAAAAUUGGGCAGGUAAAAUUUAG